AUGCCCGUGGCAACGCAGGCUUCGCUCAAGGGAUUGACACCGGAGCAGUUGGAAGAAACAGGAUGUCGGCUCUGCCUAAACAACACCUACCACCUCGGUUUGAAGCCGGGCCAGGAGGCCCUUGAGGCCAUUGGCGGAGCGCACAAGCUGCAAGGCUGGGACCACAAUAUCCUCACAGAUAGUGGCGGAUUCCAGAUGGUCAGCUUGCUAUCCCUGGCUACCAUUACGGAAGAGGGUGUGCGGUUUCUGAGUCCACAUGACCGAACUCCCAUGCUCCUGACCCCUGAGCAUUCCAUCUCGCUACAAAAUACAAUUGGCAGUGAUAUUAUGAUGCAGCUUGAUGAUGUGCUCGUCACCACAUCGCCAGACAAGGCCCGAAUGCGCGAGGCCAUGGACCGAAGUGUGCGCUGGCUCGAUCGCUGCAUUCAAGCGCACAAGAACCCGGAUCGGCAGAAUCUCUUCUGCAUCAUCCAGGGCGGCCUCGACACCGAGAUGCGUCGCGAGUGUUGCAAAGAAAUGGUGGCCAGGGAUACGCCCGGUAUUGCUAUUGGCGGCCUGAGCGGCGGUGAGGCCAAGGCCGACUUUUGUCGGGUGGUGGCAACGUGCACCGAACUCCUGCCAGAGCUGAAGCCACGAUAUGUGAUGGGAAUUGGUUAUCCCGAGGACCUGGUUGUCAGUGUUGCCCUGGGUGCCGACAUGUUUGACUGUGUGUGGCCGACGAGGACGGCUCGGUUUGGCAACGCCAUUACCAAGCACGGCGUGUUGAACAUCAAGAACUCCAAGUUCGCCACCGACUUCGGUCCCCUCGAGGAAGGCUGUGGCUGCAUCUGCUGCAGAAAGGGUGAGGGUGCGAUCAAGAUCACGCGAGCUUUUGUUCACCACAACGUGGGCAAAGAGACGGUGGCGGCGCAUCUGCUCAGCAUACACAAUGUCUGGUAUCAGCUGCACUUGAUGGGAGACGUACGGAAUGCCAUUAUUGAGGACAAGUAUCCGGCGUUUCUGAGACAGUUCUUUGCAGAUUUGUAUUCAGACAAGGCACAGUAUCCCAACUGGGCUGUAGAGGCACUGAGGGGCGUUGGGGUAGAUUUACUUGCAGAUUAG